AUGGAAGAGAAGGACAAAAACGACAUUUUCUCAGUAAACAUUUCGGAACAAAAUGACGCUCGGGACGAUGCGAAGAGAGGGGCAGUCACACUAGAGGAGCAGACUCGGACCAGACGGCUGUUCAGCACACCACAACUCUUCGCGUUCUCUCUGGUAUACCUAGGGACAUGGUACUCCAUUGCUACAAACAUGUACUUUGCCCUCAACAACGGCGGCCCGGCAGCAUGGUUCUGGAGCUACAUCAUCGUAUUAGCCGGUGUUCUCUGCCAAGCGGCGACAUUCGGCGAGAUGGCCUCCAUUCAGCCCAUUGCAGGGGCUCAGUAUUACUGGACGUGGAACUUCUCCCCUCCCAGCUGCAAGCGGUUCCUCACUUGGAUGCAAGGGUGGAUGACUUGGACAGGCUACGUGGCGCUGCUAGCCAGUUGCCUCAACGGAAACACGCUGGUCCUGGAGGGCAUGAUCCAGCUUACACAUCCUGCCUACGAGCCGGGUGGUUGGCAUACGACGCUGAUCAUAUUUGCCACCAUGGCAUUCUGCUCCGGGAUCAACCUCUUCGCUUUUCGGCUUGUCCCGUGGUUCGAGCUGUUGGCCGGUAUCCUGAACGUUUGCCUACUGUUCAUCUUCCUUGUUGUUCUCUGGGUGAUGUCGCCCCGCAACAGCACUGAUGUUUUUUUCGAGAGCAACGUUUCGUCUGGCUGGGAUAAUUAUUUCGUGGCGGCCAACCUGGGUGCGCUGUCGAACAUCUUUCUGUUUUGCUCCUUCGAGAGUGUGAUACACAUGGGUGAAGAGACUCGUAAUGCCAAGCGCGCCGUGCCGACAGCUAUAUUCUGGGCUAUCUUUACGAACGGCCUGCUAGGUCUCAUCAUGAUUAUCACAUUCGCGAUUUGUAUGCCCUCCGUGGAUAUUCUUCUCAACUCAUCCAGCCCACUCGUCACCAUUCUCCUCAACACCACAGGCUCUGCCAAGGCAACCACGGCCAUGACCUCCGGGCUUGUGGUCUUGGGCAUCUCAGGCAACAUGGGUGUCGUCUCCUCCGUGUCCCGACUCACCUGGGCGUGGGCCCGAGACGGCGGACUGCCACGAUACUUUGGUAUCGUUGACGGCAAGAGUCGUGUUCCGGCCCGCGCCAUCGUCAUGACCUCAAUCAUUGUGCUCCUGCUUUCACUCCUCAACAUCGGCAGCAGUUCGUACAUCGCACUCAACGCCAUCGUGUCACUCUCCUCGCUAGCGAUAUAUAUGAGCUACGCCAUCGUGCUCGCCUGUGUGCUCUAUGCCCGUCUGACGAAUGGACUCGAACUCGGCCAAUGGGAUCUGGGCAGGGCUGGUACGGCGGUGAACACCUUGGGGCUUGUUUAUACCCUGUACGCGAUGAUCUGGCUGCCCUUUCCCACCGAUCUUCCUGCAACGGCAUCGAACAUGAACUAUUGUGGACCUGUGUUUGGAGUGGUCCUCGUUGCAGCUAUCACUCUUUGGUUCAUCAGAGCUCAGCGAGGGUGGGAUGGUCCCAACCGUGCGGUGGUCGAUUUCGUACUCAAGAAUGAGUCGUGA